AUGUCAAAUACGGUGAAUGAUAUGUCAAUUGCUGUUGAUUGUUUAUAUUCAAUUGCUAAUUUUACUAAUUCAACAUUAGUUCGAAAAACUACAAUAAAUGAAUGUAGAUUUUCACGAUUAGCUGGUUCAUUACUUCUUAUUAUUUCUAUUAUAUCAUUUAUAAUCAAUGUACGUUCAUUACCAAUAAAUAAUAGAAAUUAUUGUUUACCUCGUCGCGACAUAGGUCUUGUUAUUGGUAUGUGUGCAUCAUCUCUAUGUGUCAUAAUUAUUAGUGUACCAUCAGUUGUUGUACAAUGUUUUCUUUGUCGUCGUUUAUGCAUACCAUUAAUUUGUCGAAUAGAAGGUUUUAAUUCGUUUUUUAAUGGUUGUUUUACAAUGUAUAUGCUUGUUGCAUUAUCAAUUGUACGAUAUGCAACAACAGCUAAUUCAUCAAUGUCAAUAAAAUUUCAACGUCGAAUAGAAAAAUAUAGUUGGCAUUUUGUUGCUAUAUGCUUUAUUAUGGGUGGUAUUUGGGCUGUACCACCA